AUGACGCGAUCAACGACAACCGUAGCUCUGUUUGUGGCGUUACAAGCCACUUCUAGUCUCUCCUUUGCUCCUGCUACCACCCUGAUGACAACACCACCAAGAAUCAGUAGUACGGAGCUGAACGCCGUGUCGUUGAAUGUGGCGUCGGCCAUGACGGCAAUUGACUCGUUUUGGCAGACGUCACCGUACACGGCGGCGGCCCUGAUUUGUGGAUUCAAGGCAUCCGCGGCCGACAUGGUGGCACAGCAGAAUUAUAAUGUCAAUGAUGAUGACGACGCACAACUGGAAGAAGGCGACACUUUAGCGGAGCGUGUGGAUCUGACCAAGACAAUGGAGUGUGUUCUUCCAGUAGAAGAGACAAACAACGAUUUUCUGUCAUCCAUCCUGUUGGAAACGGACUACAGGCGCAACGUGGCCUUUUUACUGUACGGCUCGUUGUAUCAAGGCAUCAGUCAAGAAUACAUUUACAAUACGCUCUAUCCUUCGUGGUUUGGACCGGGCAAUGAAGUCACUGUGGUCCUCACCAAGGUCGCCUUUGACUUGUUGGUGCAAACGCCACUCCUUACGUUGCCCAUGGCAUAUCUCAUCAAGGGAACCAUCUUUGCACAAUCGCCACAAGAAUCUAUAUCCAAGUACAUUGACGACAUUGCCCAUCAAUCAUUACUGCAAAAGUACUGGCUGUUGUGGGGACCCGUGGGAUGUUUCACCUUUGGAGUGGUGCCGGAACACUAUCGAGUCACAUUCAUUGCCUGUGUCUCUUUCUUUUGGCUCAUUAUACUCAGUAACAUUUCAUCAGCAUCCAAUCAACAACAACAAGAGCAACCACAACAGAAGGCUUGA